AUGGCACCAUUCCGCAACUACGACGACUCAGAUGAUGAUUCUGACGAGGAUCUCAUAACUGUCGUUUCCUCUCAAGUUCCUGGACCGCAAGAAGAGGAAGAUUAUCCUUGCCAGCAAUGUCCUGAAAACAGACGACCAGUUUUCAGGUCUCACGCCGAACUUGUUAAGCACAAGAUUCAGGCUGAGCACCAGUAUUGCAAGAAGUGCGAUCAGGAAUUUGCUGACAGGGAUGACUUGGAAAUACACAUUCUCAGAAGCAAUAGGCACAUCACUUGCUUUGUGUGCGUCAAAGAGUUCCGGAGCGAGUCUGGGCUCCAAUUUCACACUCAACAGGCUCAUCAAACAUCUGCUGGUGGAAUAUGCCCUCAAUGCCACGAGAACUUUAACACCCAGGCCGGCCUUCUCCAGCAUAUUGAGGGAAAUCUCUGUCCCGGUGGCCUCCGUCGUAGUGAUAUUUAUGAGGUCAUCGAGGAUCACCAGCAGCAAACUAAUGAAGAACUCCGAAACCGUUCUACAAAUACUACCCGGCAGGAUACAGAGGAGCCCACGCCAACCCAAAGCGAAAAUCCAGCCAUCGAACUUGUGAAUUCAUUCUCACAUUUCAAGAUCCUUGACCAAAGGACUACGGGUGGUACGAGACCCGAGGGUGAAAUAAUCGACGUCGACCCGAAAUGGUGGGAUAAAGAGCGCCGCCAUUAUGUUUGCCCAUAUAGAAAUUGCAGGAAAAAAUUCAGACACUCCGAGCCUUUCCGCCAGCAUCUUAACUCUGACGCCCACUCUGGCAAAAUCUUCAUCUGUCCUGGCUGUAAAAAACGUUUCACAUCUUCAUCUGCUAUGCUUCAGCAUAUUGAAAGCGGCAUGUGCCGCAUAGUCCAGACGCCCGAUUAUGACCGUGUUAGGGGUGGUCUGACUGUUCCGGUUGACCAAAGCAGGCUCUCACAGAGUUUGGCGACCAUGUCCCAUCGAAGCGAAACUUUGAGUACCGUUGGUGUGCUUUCCGACACUGGGGAUAACUCGAGUACCGUUGGUGCGAGAACCGCAACAGGAAUGUUAAACAGAGUUGGGGCUCGACCCACUGCGGCUUAUAAUGCUAUGAGUGAGAGAUUCCCCGCGGGCAGACCUAAGCCGGAGCGUGGUGGGAACUUCAAAGGACCACCUUCCACUGCGGGUGGAUCCGAUCAUUUGACCACAGUCGGGACAAGAUCUGAAAGGCUUAGUACCGUCGGGACCAACCAGAACCAGUUCGCCGAGGGCCAACUUCAGCAGUUGAAACAUGCUUGGACUGAGCCUCCGCGUGAGGGUGGUGAAGGUGGGGAACUUGCUCAGGAUAAGGGCUCGAAGGGAAAAGGCAAAGUCAAACAUAGUCCUUCCGAUGCUUCAAACGCCAUCACCAGGAGGAACGCUGCUGAAAAUCGCAAACCUAAAGAUGGUGUGAAAUAUUCAUUUGGAAAUGAUUCAGAUGAAGAAGGGACUAUGUCCACCGUUAUUUAG